AUGAAGGCGAUUCUCGGGGUGCUGCUUCCAUACCUGGUGCUGCUGCUGCUCCGCUCCGCAGCUCUGCCGAGAAAAGGGAGCCAUGGAGCAGAAGCUGUGCUGGGGCAGAGCCUCUCAGAGGAGGUGGAACUUGGAGCAAAGAAGGAAAAUGUGAGCAGAGCGCGACCCGGCUCGGCGGUGAGACUGAAGAUGGCUGCGGCUUCUCGCCUCCUCCCUGAGUCUGCAGCAAGCUGCACACAGGCCGACGGCUCCAGCUUGCAGCCCUGGCCCCUGGGGGGGCUGGAGGGCCCCGUGUGCCGCCUGAAGAUGGACCGCAGUGAGGUCCACCCAUCCCACGUCGAGGUGGUGGGGGUCCUCACCCGCUACGAAAGCACCUUCAUCAAGGUGCUGCGCGCCGGCUGGAAGCACUGCAGCCCCGAGACCUUUGGGCUGUGCCCGGGUGGAGAUGCACAAAGUGUGCUCCGAGCGCUGCAGCAGCUCCAGGAGCACCUGGCAGGGCCGGGGACGGGGCUGCAGAGAUUCCUUGUCCUGCAUCUGGAGGAAGUGAAAUGGGAAGCACAGGCCAGGCUCUGGUUCAGGCUGCCGUUCCAUGUGGAGGUGGGGCAGGUGCUGGGAGAGCUGCAGGUCGCUCUGCUGCUGUUCUACCCGGGCAGCCCCACAGGGAGAGGGGCUGAGGGCCGCCAGGAGCUGCUGGUGGAGGGCAUGGGGCUGACACAGGAGCAGAGCCUUUGCUUCACUAGGGAUACCCAGUACCUGCUCCUCAGAGCCUCGGUGGCUGCUGUGACCAGCAGCAGCAAGGAGCUGAGCUUCCAGGUGUCCCUGACCAUCAGGCAACGCGGGGAUGGAGGUGCCCCUCUGUCCCUCAUGGAGACCCAGCAGCUCCUCUUUGGCUCCGAUGAGAAGUGUUUCACCAGGAUGACGCCGGUGCUGCUCCUGCUGGCUGGGUCAACACCUGAGAAUGAUGCUGCAGCUCCUUCCUCCUAUCUCUCUGCCAGUGGGAUGGUGGAUGUGGCUCCCUACCCACAGCUCAGCCCACCCCAUCCUGGCACCGCAGGGCUGCCACCCUCCACCACUGCCAUCCCAGCCAACACCACAUCCCCAACGGCAGGGGACAGCGGGCAGUUCCUGGGUGUGCUGACCCUCUUCAUCCGCCGGGUGCUGAGCCCCCGCAGCGAGCCGCCCACCCAGCCCAGCUCCCAGCACUGGUUGGACUUCCAGAUGAUGGAGACGCUCCCGCACCAACUGCUCAACCUGUCGGAGACGGCCGCCCUGGAGCGCCUGGUGCAGUCAGAGGAGCCCUCGGUGCUGCUUUUCCCCCAGGAAGGCGGCGUGGGGCUGGAGCAGCAUUUUGGGGACUGGCAGCCCGAGGGGACGGUGCUGCAGCUGCUGAUGGGCAAACUGCAGGCUGUGAUCCAUGAGCUGAGGGACAUCCCGGAAUUCCAAGCCAACACAGGGCUCUUCCAGCACCUCCUGAGCUUCUGCUACCAACCUGCAGGGCCGGCUGCGGGCGGGCAGCCCCCAGGUUCGGGGAAGCUGCACGCAUUGCUGCUGCUGAAGGCGCUGCAAACGGUGCGGGCGCGUUGGCAGGAGAGGAGGAAAGUCCUGCGGCAAAACCGCAGCGCGCGGCACCAGGCGCACUGCCGGCUGCAGGAGCUGACCAUCGACCUGCGCGACCGCAACUUCAUCGUCAUGCCCACCGUCUACGCGGCCAACAACUGCGAGGGGCCCUGCAAGCUGCCCCUCUCCACCCGCGUGCCCGGCUACCACUCGCACACCGUGCUGCUGCUGGGCAUGCAGGAGCGGGGCUCGCCGCUGCAGCGCGCUCCAUGCUGCGUGCCCGUCCGUUACUCGGACCAGCUCAUCAUCAGCGUCUCGGCCGACGGGUUGGAGGUGCGCAAGUUCCCCAACAUGGUGGCGGAGGAGUGCGGCUGUCGGUAGAGGUUCCCACCUGCAGCCCUCGUGCGGUGCUCCUGGCUGGGAUGGGAGCAUCCCUCCGAGCGCCUCUUCCUCCUGGUUUGCCUCCUAGUGUUGCUCUGGUUCUGUUUUUGUUCUGUGGGGUUGUGCUGCCCUACAGUGACCCAUGGCUGCGCCCAUC